GGGCGGAGCGCCGAGCUCUUUUUCCAGGGCAGCGAGGCCCGCGCCGGGGGUGGACGUAGGGAGCGGAGCUAGCAGCUGCCCGGGGCUCGCUGCCGAUGGGGGAAUGCGGGGUUCCCACCCAGGUCCAGCUGUUUCUCCGCGCCUGCGACCAGGGGGACUACGAGAGCGCCCGGCGCCUGUUGGGACUGCCUGGGGGCGGCGCGGAGGCGGCGGGCGGCUCCGCUUGCGGGGCGGAGGAGGCGGCGGAGUCCGGGGCAGGCGAAGCGGCAGCGCCUCCCCCCUCGGUGCCGGUGGACUGCACGGACGAGGCCGGGAACACGGGGCUGCAGUUCGCCGCCGCCGGAGGCCACGAGCAGCUGGUGCGGUUCCUGCUACGCAAAGGGGCCUCGGUGCAGAGCCGGAACCACUACGGCUGGAGCCCGCUCAUGCAGGCGGCCAGGUUUGGACAUCUAACUGUGGCUCACAUCUUGUUGGAGAAUGGUGCUGAUCUCAAUGCACAGAAUAAGCUGGGAGCCAGUGUACUUACAAUGGCUUCUAGAGGUGGCCAUGUCAGUGUCGUGAAAUUGUUGCUGGAAUCUGGAGCUUUUGUUGAUAAUUAUGACCAUUUUAAUACCAGUUUGGUUAACAACAGCAAAGAGGAACUGCCUGAUAUAACACCACUAAUAGCAGCCGCCCAGCAUGGAUAUGAAGCAGUGGUGCACUUGCUACUGGACUGGGGAGCUGAUUGUAAUUACACUGUGAAGACUGUGGGCUGGAGUCCUCUAAUGCUGGCAGCUGUUAGUGGAAAGCUGAGCUUGGCACAACAACUCAUGGACAAGGGAGCCAAUCCUAAUCACCUAAAUGUGCUGAAUAAAACACCUUUUGAAAUCUCCAUUGGCUUCAAACAUAAAGACAUGAAAGAUUAUUUGGAAUCACUAACAACAAUCAGACCCCUGACAGAUAAUGACAAGAGGCAACCUGAUGUCUUUCAUGCUUUGAAAAUGGGAAAUUUUCAGCUGGUUAAAGAGAUUGUGGAUGAAGACCCAAAUCAAGUUAAUAUUAUUAAUGGUGAUGGUGCUUCUCCACUGAUGAUUGCCGCUGUAACUGGACAGUUGGAUCUUGUACAGCUGCUUGUUGAGAGAAAUGCUGACAUUGACAAACAAGAUAAUGUUCAUGGCUGGACAGCCCUAAUGCAGGCCACAUACCAUGGAAAUAAAGAAGUUGUUAAGUAUUUGUUGAAUCGAGGAGCUGAUGUCAAUCUACGUGCAAAAAACGGAUACACAGCCUUUGACCUGAUAAUGCUACUGAAUGAUCCAGACACAGAACUUGUACGUCAACUAGCAUCAGCCUGCAUGCAAGCAGACAAAGACAAGGGUAAGCAGAACAACAAAUCGUCUUUGCCCUGUUCUAGAAGUAGGCAAUCUUUAAAUACCCUGAUGUUGCCAGAUGACAAGGGAGGAUUAAAGUCAUGGUGGAACAGGAUGUCCAAUAGAUUCCGUAAGCUGAAGUUGACCCAAACAUUGCGUCAUGGAUUUUCCACCAGUCAGUCUGUGCCUUUUACUGAUGAGCCCGAGUCAUCUCUGAAUUCCACAAUAAAAGCCACUUCACAGCCUGAUGUGAACAACUCUGGAAACUGUGAUGCUGCAACAGCUUGGACCACAAAUAUCAAAACUAGUGGUGUAUGCACAAGAGCAGGAAAGGAUGAUGAAUUAUUGACAACCAUGUUAAGAAGUGGUGCUCCAUUUACUAGGCUACCUAGUGAUAAACUGAAAGCAGUUAUUCCUCCUUUCUUACCUCCUUCAAGUUUUGAGCUGUGGAAUUCUGACCGAACACGAAUGAACAAAGAUGGCAAGACUGAACAGAUGAGGACUGCCUUGCCACAGCGCGGGAUCAAACAUGAUUUUAACAGCAGUGCAAACUCUGACAUAACAUCUGUUACCAAAGGUACUAGACCGGUCAAAUUGCCAACCUUUGCAAGAAGACCUGCUUCUCCCUCAAAUUCAAGCAACUUCAACCACUCGCCACACUCUUCUGGUGGAUCCAACAACAUCACUGGAAUUAACAGACAUGGUGGAGAACUCCAUAAUAGAUCAGGUGGCAGUGCAGAUAGUGUUUUGUCUCAAAUUGCUGCUCAAAGGAAAAAAGCAGCAGGCUUACCUGAACAGAAACCCAGCCAGCAAUAUAGCUCAAUCCACACAGCUGCUUCAUCCACGCUUCCUGAACUGCAGCAGUACACUCAGAUAGCUGGCAAUGGACAUAUUGCAAAGCAGAAACUGGAGAUGAACAAAAGACCUCCAUCUGGGACUUCAUCUACAUCUAAAAGCACAUCACCAACUCUCACACCAUCCCCAUCUCCAUCCCCAUCCCCUAAGGUUCACAAUGCAGAGUCGUCUCUCUCUUCAUCUCACAGACAAGCCAAGAGCAAUGGUGGCUCCAGCAGUGGAACUAUUACUGAUGAAGGCAACCAGUUGGGGGACCACCAAAAACUUGUCCAUAGUUUGAGAACCUCUGACAUAGAGAAUCAUGAAAGAAGAAACCAUGUGAGAGUAAAAGGAGUUUGUGAAAACUUGGAGAAAGAUGAGCUGACUAGUAUCCUUAAAAAAUUGUCACUUGAGAAAUAUCAGCCCAUUUUUGAAGAACAGGAGGUGGAUAUGGAAGCCUUCCUCACACUUACUGAUGGUGAUUUGAAAGAGCUGGGAAUUAAAACUGAUGGAUCUAGGCAGCAAAUUCUGGCAGCUAUUUCUGAACUGAAUGCAGGAAAGGGACGAGAGAGGCAGAUUUUACAGGAAACCAUAAACAAUUUCCACUCUUCCUUUGAGAGUAGUGUUAGUAAUACCAGACCUCCUGGCAAUUCUCAGUAAGAAGUUCCUUCAUGCACUGGACUGUUUGCGAUUUGGCUGGAGGGCUGAGCUACUGAAGACCCACCUGAUGAGGCCAAGAGCUGACAGUCACAUCUUUGGUUUGCAGACAUAAAGAGCAGCAUCGUGCUGACAUUUCAAACAGCAACGUCCAAGCAACUGCAAGACAGAUAAUUUUAGACAAUUGUAAACACAAUUUUGGAAAUGUAUUGAGGUGCAACAACCACAAGCAGCCUAGCAUACCAUUCUGUUUAUUGUCCCUAGGCUGCAGCACAGUCUUAAACGGCAAUAUCAGAGAAAUGCCUAUACUCCAAUCUUUCUAGACUAAUCUGUUUUAUUUAGAUUCUUAGAUCACGCCUAUCAACAGGAAGUCUGAGCACCUUCCAGAAGUGCAUUUAGUAUCAUGAGUAGCAUCUGUCAUGUGUGGUGUUCUCCUUAUUCUGUAAAUGUGGAAAAACUAUAGAAAAACUUUUUAUUAAAUUAUAUGACAAUUAGCUUAUCCCUGGGACCCUACAGUGGCUAAUAAAGUCCCUCCAAUCCAUGAACAGCUGUGGGGUAACCAUAUGGGAAAAUAAUACUGCAGCAUUUGUGUGAGGAUUAUCACUAACUCUUUGGAAUAAUUCCUUUUUUCCUCUGGAGGGAAACUUGAGGAAGGUGAUAUUUCCCAGAGAAAUGGCUGCCUGUAACAAUUCAACUGCCUACAUUUUAAAUAAUUACUAAAUUUGCUCUGAUCAUAGCAUGUCCCCAAACCUCUUCUUGCCCCAUUAGUAGCUUCCCCUAUCACUCUUUCUAGGGACAAGUCCUGAACAUGAGCCUGUAAGAAGGAGGCUGACCUUACCAUUGCACUCUAGGGACCAGGUGCUUACACUAAAACUUGGUAUUCAAAAUGUAUUGACAUUGUUAUCUUUCUCAAAAUAGUUUGCAUUCCCAGUGUAAUGGAGUGCUAUAACUACCAACUUCCUUAUUUUUAAUUCAGCCACUGGAGUGGAUGAUCCAGGUCUUCAGGGAAGGUGUGCAGACUGCCCGCCCAGGUCCACACUCCCAGAAUAAUCAAAAACAAGCACAAAAGCAAGAAGGAUCUGUGUGUGGAAUUAGAGAAAGUAUACAGGUUUAAGGAAAUGUAGUACAAGGAAAACAGGCAGAAAAAGUACUAGUAGAAUAGUAAGAAAUAAAUGGGUGAUUACAUGUCUAACUAAAUGCAACGUGAGACAAACUUAUGGAAGGAUGACAGAUUGUUCCACCUGUUGCUUUUUAAUGGGUUUUUGGAACUAUAAACUCAAUUGCUGACUGACUGUGCCCUCAGCCCACCAGUACCCAGCACCUCCUGCCAAGGUCACUGCUUCUGGCAAAUAUAUAUGAAAUUCACUACAAGAACCUUUGGAAAAGUUGAUGUGUAUAUUAUAUUUUUGGCAGCCAACCUGUUUCAUAAUAAAGUUUAUUGUUGAAAGAAA